UGAACGGUUUGAAUUUUGCGUCUCUCGCUGUCUCGCUGCUGAGUAACGCUUUUGACAUGUUGUAAUAUCAAGGAUAUUCCGUCAAAAUCGCGAAACGUAAAUUGUUGUAAUGGUGCACGAUUGAAAGGAACAAACGUGCAGUUUUUACGGAAAAAAAUUGUUUGGUGAUUGAUUAUUGGUGCGCUGAUAAAAUGCAUGCUAACCGCGCUACCACCGAUCCUUUAGACGCGUAGUUUCCUCUAACCUUUUAUACUUUACACCUGAAUUGAAAAAUCCAAGUUUUUAUUUAUUUAUUCUAAAGUAAAGUCGCGGUGAAUUUGUUAUAUCGCUCUCUUCCGUUGAUUACGAACGUGAAAUCGAAAACAUGUCUGACAAAUUGGCCGAAUCGAUAGAGGACGACAACUCCGUUACUAUGCUCGAUGUUCUCCAAGUAGAGAAUCAGCUCGAGGAAGACGCAUAUGCAGUCUUGGGCGCCUCCGAUGAUCAAAAUUGUACUUAUAACAAGGGAUAUAUAAGACAAGCAUUGUAUGCGUGUAAAACAUGUUGUUCGGACAAAAUUCGAGCCGCCGUUUGCUUGGCAUGUAGUUUUCAUUGUCAUGAAGGGCACGAACUUGUGGAACUGUAUACAAAGCGACAUUUCAGAUGCGACUGUGGAAAUUCCAAGUUUAAUGGCAAACAAUGUAAUUUGGAGAAGCUGAAGUCUGCUAUCAAUACGGAAAAUAAAUAUAAUCAAAAUUUUGAUGGAGUUUAUUGCACUUGCGCGAGACCAUAUCCUGAUCCUGAAGGCGAUGAAGAUGACAUGUUCCAAUGUACAAUAUGCGAAGAUUGGUAUCAUUUGAAGCAUCUAGAAUGUGACAAUGGUAUACCUGCAGAUAAUGCAUACGAUGAAAUGAUUUGUGUGGGUUGUAUGAAACAACACAAUUUUCUAUGGAAAUAUGCAUCAAAAUAUGCAGUCUCGAGAAAAUCAGAUGUAAAAUCUGAUGUAUCUGAGAAGAAUGAAGAAAUAGAAGUCGAUCAAUUAUCGGAAGGAUGUCGAAUGCCAAAACAUAAUUGUGCUAAUAUUAAAGGAAGCUGUUUUUGGAUAGAAGGCUGGAGAGCCGCAUUAUGCACUUGUGAAGAAUGCAAAUCGUUGUAUAAUGCAAAAGGCAUUGCAUUUUUACUCGAUCCAAAAGAUAGUGUACAAGCGUAUGAAGAAGCAGGCAAGAUGAAUAAGCAAGAAUCGCAAUAUGAGAAAGGUAUGAAAGCUCUUGCAAGCAUGGGACAUGUACAAAAGUUGACAGCAAUCGAAGAAUACAACAAUAUGAAAGAACGACUUAUGGAAUAUCUACAAAAGUUUGCGGAAAACAAAAAGGUUGUACGUGAAGAAGACAUCAAAGAAUUUUUCUCAGAAAUGGAAUCAAAGAAACGUCCCAAAGUGACAGUGCCAACAUAUUGUCGUUGAAAAAAUAUUAUGAUAUACAUACAUAUAUAUAUUGAUAAUUUAUCAGAUAUUAUCAGUAUUGUGGAAGAAAAUAAUGUGCAUGAUUUAAAAAAGCAAUGGAGAGAAAGAGAAGAGAAAAAAAUUUAUUAAAAAAUUGCCAGUCUAAUCUGAUACAUGUGUAUCGACAUAAAAGAAACACUAGUUAUUUAAACAUACACAUUCCUUAAUAUCCCAGCUUUAAUAUAAUAAAAUAGAACAUUUAUAAUAAACUAAAUAGGAAAUCAAUAUCAAACAUAAAUUGCAGA